AUGGUACAACAACUUGAAGAAUCACUUGCUAGGACUUUAACUCAUGUUUAUCCAGCUGCUGCUAGAUUUCAUGAUAAUAAAUGUUCAAUUAUUUGUCAGGAUCAAGGUGUACCAUUAAUAAAAGCCAAGGUUAAUCGUCGAAUGGAUGAAGAAUUUCUCAAACAGGCACAUAACAAUCUAGACCUCGUGUUACAUUUUUGGCCAUUGAUUAACAAUGAUGUCAUCGCGAACAAUUUAUUCGCGAUGCCAAUUAUGUUUGUCCAAAUUACGAUUUUCCAAUGUGGGGGGAUCGCGUUAUCUGUUAGCACCGCGCACCCAGCAAUCGAUGGAUGGACAAAUUUUACGUUCAUUUACGAGUGGUCUAAAGUGUGUAAAUUGGGAAUUCCAUCUGAAAAAAUUAAUUUCAUGAGCUUUGAUUUGGUUAACAUUUUUGGACCAAGAGAUAUAACAUUUUCAGACCAAGCAAAACCUUUGGACACUAAAUUAAUGGCCAAAAAAUUUGUUAUGGAUGAAAAGGUUUUAUCAAAACUUAGAGACAAAUUAACAAGCUCCAACAAUAAUUCAGAAGCGUUAUGCUUUAAGCCCUCAAGAGUUGAAAUGGUCACCGCGAUUUUAUGGAGGGCCCAACUCCGGGCUUCGCGGGCCAUAACCGGGGAAAUGAAACCUUCUGUAAUGUCAUUUCCCCUAAAUUUACGCGGUAAGCUUAAAUAUCGCGAAGCGAUUAAUCCUUUUGGGAAUUUUAUUAUUGACAUUCCUAUAACAUAUGAACCUAAAGGUACCAAUGUUAUGGAGUUACAACAUUUCAUAACAUUAAUAAGAGAAGAAGUGGAGAAAAUUGUUGAUUAUUGUGGUGAAGCUUCAAUAGAUGAAGUAGUUGAAAUGGUUGGUAAUUUAUAUAACAAAUGUUAUGAAGGAAGAGAAUGGGGAGCUAAUGAUGAUGUUGAGGAAUUUACUUGUUCAAGUUUAACUAGGUUUCAUAUGCAAGAAGCUGAUUUUGGAUGGGGGAAUCCAAAUUUAAUGCAUUUUGGAUCAAGAAAUAAUCAAGUUUUUUGGUUAUAUUCAACACAAUGUGGUAAUAGUAUUGGUGUGCAAAUGGAUCUCAAGGAAAAGUACAUGGACUUCAUUCAACAUGACCAAGAAUUCCUAGCUUUUACCAAGUCUGUAUGA